GGCAGUUAACACAGCUUUAUCAUCAGUCAUCUGGGAACCGCGCGCGGGAAAAGUAGCCCGCUGUCAAAGGUAUUAUAAUCAAUAUGGCAACAAUUUUGCGAAGGAUAUGGAAGAACCAUUCUAAACACAAAAAACUAUGUGAAGAAUGGGCUCUGGCUGAAUGCGAAGGAGAAGGCUGGUGGCGUGAAACACACAAUGGCCGUGAUCAAUGUGACGUGAGAUAUGCUGGCGUUGCUCCAGUCGAGCGCGCCGCGUCCGCUCCCGCCACCGCCCUCGCUGUCCGCUCCGCUUUACAUACCGCUAAGACUGGAAAUCUAAAACUACCCAAGGUGAACGUGGAUAUCAGUUCAAAAGGGAUCAUCGUGUCGGAUGCUGAGUCACAAGAAAACGUCCUAAGUGUAUCAAUAUACAGGAUUUCCUAUUGUUCUGCGGAUGCCGCUAAUGCCCGCGUAUUCGCUGUGGUCGAAGGCAAAACUGCUGGCUCGAGUGAGACGCAUAUUGUGCAUGUGUUUGUCUGUGCUAGACGGAGACAGGCGAGGGCUCUUGCCCUCUCUCUCGCACAUGCCUUUAAUGACGCUUAUCAGGCAUGGCAAGCCAGUGAAGCGAGUUCACUUCAAGCGGGUGGCAGGCGCCGAGUUACUCCAUGGGCAAAUUUCUCAAGUGAUUCUGACGAGGAUACCGACAAUGAACAGUGGCAGAGCCCUGAGCCGCUGGUGUCGUUUUGAACUCCUGGAUAAACUGAAAAAGUAAACUAUUAGAAGACAGAUAACAACGGAGAAGAAAUUUUGUCAAUUUUAUUUGUCUAUAGUUAAUAAUUAUAAUAGUUCUUGGUCAUAUAUGCGUAGGAGUGCUUUCUUAAGUUCGCAAAGAUAUGUCGCACUCGCAGUGAUUAGGCCGUAGUAGAAAUUCGAAAUUAUUCGGCCUUUCUCAUUAAUCUAUUUACUAUUUACUCAAUACGACCUCUGAACGUCUUCUUUUGUCACUCAUUUUUUAGAUUUUCUUGAAUAUUUUUUACAAAGUUAUAACUAUCACACAUGAAAAACAUAAAAUA